AUGACUCGUCUUUAUGCAUUGCCCUUGUUUGCGGCCCUGGGCGGUUCGCUUGCUCUGGCCAGCGAGGAUGCAUUCCAGUCAAAAUGUGUCAAGUUCGGUGAUCAAAUCGACAUUCCCAAUGUCAAAGUCAACUUUGCCGAGUUUGUGCAGGGGGGUACCAAUCUGUCCUUGGCAGAUAACCCGCCUAGCUGCGGUACAUCGGAUCAGGCUGUCUCGGUAGACCUGUGCCGAAUCGCCAUGGCCGUGUCGACCUCGGACAGCAGCGAGAUCACGCUCGAGGCUUGGUUCCCUCGUGAAUAUAAGGGCCGUUUCUUGAGCACCGGCAAUGGCGGUAUCUCGGGAUGUAUUCAAUACUAUGACCUCGCAUACACCGCACAUCUAGGGUUUGCUACCGUUGGAGCCAACAAUGGACAUAAUGGUACCUCCGGAAAGCCUUUCUACCACAGCCCUGAGGUAGUCAAAGAUUAUGCAUACCGUUCUGUUCACACUGGAGUUGUAGUAGGCAAGGAGCUCACCAAACAAUUCUACGAGGAGGGCUACAAAAAGAGCUACUACCUCGGAUGUUCAACUGGUGGCCGCCAAGGUUGGAAGUCUGUUCAGAAAUACCCCAAUGACUUUGACGGGGUGGUUGCUGGUGCCCCUGCGAUCAACCUGAUCAACCUAUUUUCAUGGAGCUCAAACUUCUAUUCUGUUACUGGCUCGCCAACUUCCGACACAUUUCUCUCCACGGCUGAAUGGAAGAUCGUCCACGAAGAGAUCAUCCGCCAAUGUGAUACCAUUGAUGGCGCCAAAGACGGAAUCAUCGAAGAUCCCGAUCUCUGCCGCCCUAUCUUGGAAACAUUGACCUGCGACUCCAGCGCCUCAAAGAAAACAGGAUGUCUCACAAGCACCCAAGUCAACACCGCCAAUAAAGUGUUAUCACCAUUCUAUGGCAUUGAUGGGACUCUGCUAUACCCACGCAUGCAACCUGGCUCCGAGAUGCUCGCCGCACCUAUAAUGUACAAUGGCCAACCAUUCCCAUACGGCGAAGACUGGUUCCGUUACGUCGUCUACGACGAUCCGUCCUGGAGCGGGGCCAACUUCACAGUGAAAGAUGCUGCCGCCGCUCUGGCCCAGAACCCUUACAACAUUCAAACCUGGGACGGCGAUAUCUCUCCAUUCAAAAAGGCCGGCGGCAAAAUCCUGCACUACCACGGUCUCCAAGACGAACUGAUUAGCUCCGAGGACUCUAAGAUGUACUACGCCCACGUUUCAAACACCAUGCAACUCCCUCCCUCCAAGUUGGAUGAGUUUUACCGCUUCUUCCCAAUCAGCGGUAUGGGUCAUUGCGGUGGCGGUGAUGGUGCCUAUGGCAUUGGUCAGGGAUUCCGUAGUUACGAUGGGACAAAUCCCGAGGACAAUGUGCUUAUGGCCAUGGUUCAGUGGGUUGAGGAAGGCAAAGCACCAGAGACUGUUCGCGGGGCCAAGUUCUCUGCCGGCGCUGGCUCUAAGGUCGAGUACAAGCGUAAGCACUGUCGCUGGCCUCGACGUAAUGUAUUCAGGGGUCCUGGAAACUACACCGAUGAGAACGCUUGGCAGUGUAUUUAG